UCCUCUUGUGCCAAGGUCCACUCUAGCUGGGAAACACCUCUCUGAAAGCGUCUCUACCUCUUUUCAACCGUUAAAUUAGUUUAAAAACCAUUAUUACUGACUCGUAAAUUAGCUUUUCAUACGUAUUGAAGUUUAUACAACAGUUGUGUGUACGUGUCACAUCGCGGGACGUUGUCGUUAGUCUCUUUUUCGGGACAUUUUCGUCGUUAAAUCUGCCCCCUCCGGAGCGUGCUAACGUUAGCUCAGCGGCUAGCCACCAUUCACUCGUCAAGGAAAGAAUCGAUUAAUCGCUAUCGUUGUAAUCAUGGAUCAAUCAGGAAUCACAGCAGUAACUCCGAAGAGCCCGUGGGGCUCGGUGGCCCCGGUGCCUCCGACCUGCUCUCUGGCUGAUGUGAUGAGCGAACAGCUGGCCAAACAGCUGGAGGAGGAGAACAGCCACUUCCCUACUCUCACCGAUCCCGGAGCAGAUCUCUUGCUGUCAGACGAAGUCUCCGAGACGACCAGCGACCUGAUGCUCGCCCAGAUGCUCCAGAUGCAGUUUGACCGCGAGUUUGACGAUCAGCUCCGCCGGGAGGAGAAGAAGUUCAACGGAGACAGCAAAGUGUCCAUCUCCUUUGAGAACUACCGUAUGGUCCAUCCGUACGAAGACAGCGACAGCUCCGAGGACGAGGUGGACUGGCAGGACACGAGACACGACCCCUACAGAGCUGAGAAGCCCCAGACUACGCCCAGGAGAGGCUUCACCGGGAAAGGCAAGAACAUCACCACCAAACACGACGAGGUGACCUGCGGACGCAAGAACACGGCGCGCAUGGACAACUUUGCUCCGGAGGUGCACGUGGGAGACGGGUUGGGGAUGGACCUGAAGCUGUCCAACCAGGUGUUUAACUCCCUGAAGCAGCAUUGCUACAGCGAGCAGAGACGUAGCGCCCGGCUACACGACAAGAAGGAGCACUCCACCGCCGAACAAGCCGUGGACCCUCGCACUCGUCUGCUGAUGUACAAAAUGGUGAACGCCGGCGUUCUGGAGAACAUUAACGGCUGCAUCAGCACCGGGAAAGAGUCGGUGGUCUUCCACGCUAACGGAGGGAGCCUGGAGGAGCAGCCUGUCCCGGACGAAGUGGUGCUGAAGGUCUUCAAGACGACGCUCAACGAGUUCAAGAACCGCGACCGCUACAUCAAAGACGACUAUCGCUUCAUCGAUCGCUUCAGCAAACUGAACCCUCGCAAAAUAAUCCGUCUGUGGGCCGAGAAGGAGAUGCACAACCUGAGCAGGAUGAAGAAGGCUGAGAUUCCCUGUCCGGAGGUGGUGCUGCUGAAGAAACACAUCCUGGUGAUGUCGUUCAUCGGCGAAGACCACGUUCCUGCUCCCAAACUCAAAGACGUCACGCUGAGCUCCGAGGACAUGAAGAGCGCCUUCUACCAGGCCCUAAAUCUGAUGCAGCAGUUGUAUCAGGAGUGUAAUCUGGUUCAUGCCGAUCUCAGCGAAUACAACAUGCUGUGGCACAAAGGAAAGGUGUGGUUGAUUGACGUGAGUCAGUCCAUCGAGCCCACCCAUCCUCACGCCUUGGAGUUCCUCUUCAGAGACUGCAGGAACGUUUCCACGUUCUUCCAGAAGAGAGGAGUGAUCGAGGCGAUGAGUGUGUACGAGCUUUUCAACGCUGUGAGCGGACUGAACAUCCCCAUUGGUGAAGAGGAUGAGGCCGAGUUUAUUGCUGAGAUUGUGGCGUUGGAGAAGAGGAACGAGGACCACGUGCAGCGCCGUGGAAAGAAAACCUUCCCGGUAGCCUCCCGAGACGGAGACCCUCCUUUAAUACCCGACGCCGAUGACUAACGCCCGCCCCGCGCGCUCUCUCUUCACGAUCCCGACGUGUUGAAAAUGCUGUUUUAAAAAAAAAAAAGAAAAAAAGGAGGAGACGAAUAACGGAGGAGGAGGCGCCCUGGAGGACCCGGAGCCCCCCCCCUCCAACCAUCCAAUCACCUGCCUCCUUUUUAAAACGGGCAGGACGGAGCGCCUCCUCCUGGCUGCAGGAGGGAGGAGUUUCACCGGGUUGGAUGUUGAAGUCAGAGCGUCCUGAGAGGCACCGUCAGGGUUUCCUCGAGUCAUCGUGCUAAUAUCGGCCCGCGCGGUAUCCAGUACCGUGUGUGUUUUUGUAAGAAGAAUCGCAGUAAAAACGGGCAAAAGCUUCUCGCACGGGACCCUCCUUUUAUCCGGCUGGAUGAAAGAUACACGCUUAGGGGGUUUAUUUUAAAUCCUAAAAUUUUGUGAAGAAGCCACUGAUGUCAGGCUGAAAUUAGGGGGGAACAUGAGGGUGAAAAGACAGAAUAUUAUUUUGAUUUGAUUUAUUUUGGAUUUGAUUUAUUUUGGAUUUGACAAACGACAUAAUCCAAAGGAUAGCAUGUUGAAGUGUAAACACUUAUUUCCAACAUGGUCCUUGGUGUUAGAACAUGCAACACAUAACGAAGACCUAUUUCAGGUCAAAGACAAUAACCUAACAUGUAAUACAGAUCAUCCAAGGUUUGAAAGCAUUCUAAAAUCAGAGAAUACAUGUAUUGGGUGUAAUCAUUUCAUCCUGUAGCUUCAGCGUGGUGUUAACACCACACAGAAUCUGAUUUUUGAAGCUACAUCCUGAGAAAGGUAACAGGUUAGCAGGAUUAUUAAUGGAACCCACGCAACUUCUAGGCAGGGCCCGCCCUUCAAUAGCAUUCACACGCUGCUACUGGCCAGGCGCCCAUGCUUACGCUAGGUGACGGAGCCCGAUUAGUUCAGGUCCUGUCCCCUGACCAGGCCGGCUAUCCUAACCCUUAACCACUCGAGGUCAACGCCUAGCCCCAGCCAAUCAGGCUGCUCCGUAGGACGAGGCUUGCCUAGAAGUUACGUGGGAUCCAUUAUAACGCGGAUUUGACAGUUUUCACAGAACCACCAAAAAUCAAACAGUUUGUGGCCGAUCCAGAUGUUGCUUUUUACAGCCAAAACUUACAGUAAGCUGAUGGUUUUGGUGCAUCUAAA